GCCAGGUGUGGGCUUGGGUGGCUGGUUACCGCCUUUUGCACCGGCAGCGGCGAGUGGGGGGGGUGGGCGCGCUUUCUUUUUUCUUAGAAGAGGUUUUAGCACAGGUUUUCUCGUUUUCACUUCCACCCCACUUCACCGCCUCCCGACCCCCCUUCUCCCCCUCCCCACCUAUCGUCAUGACGGCGUCUCCGGAUUACUUGGUGGUGCUUUUUGGGAUCACUGCUGGGGCGACCGGGGCCAAGCUGGGCUCGGAUGAGAAGGAGCUGAUCCUGCUGGUAUGGAAAGUGGUGGAUCUGGCCAACAAGAAGGUCGGACAGUUACACGAAGUACUAGUUAGACCGGAUCAGUUGGAACUGACGGAGGACUGCAAAGAAGAAACCAAGAUCGACGCCGAAACCCUGUCCUCAGCGCCUCAGCUGGACCAAGCGCUCCGACAGUUUAACCAGUCAGUGAGCAAUGAAUUGAAUAUUGGGGUAGGGACUUCCUUCUGUCUCUGUACCGAUGGGCAGCUUCAUGUCAGGCAAAUCCUGCAUCCUGAGGCUUCCAAGAAGAAUGUAUUAUUGCCUGAAUGCUUCUAUUCCUUUUUUGACCUUCGAAAAGAAUUCAAAAAGUGUUGCCCUGGUUCCCCUGAUAUGGACAAACUGGAUAUUGCAGCAAUGACAGAGUGUUUGAAUACUGAGAAAAAUAGUUCAGUCUCCCGAUAUGGAGCCUCUCAAGUUGAAGAUAUGGGGAAUAUAAUUUUAGCGAUGAUUUCAGAGCCUUAUAAUCACAAAUUUUCAGAUCCAGAGAGAGUAAAUUACAAAUUUGAAAGUGGCACUUGCAGCAAGAUGGAACUUAUCGAUGAUAACACUGUAGUCAGGGCACGAGGUUUACCAUGGCAGUCUUCGGAUCAAGAUAUUGCAAGAUUCUUCAAAGGACUCAACAUUGCCAAGGGAGGUGCUGCACUUUGUCUGAAUGCUCAGGGUCGGAGGAAUGGAGAAGCUCUGGUUAGGUUUGUAAGUGAGGAACACAGAGACCUAGCACUACAGAGGCACAAACAUCACAUGGGGACCCGGUACAUUGAGGUUUACAAAGCAACAGGUGAAGAUUUUCUUAAAAUUGCUGGUGGUACAUCCAAUGAGGUAGCCCAGUUUCUCUCCAAGGAAAAUCAAGUCAUUGUCCGAAUGCGGGGGCUCCCUUUCACGGCCACAGCUGAAGAAGUGGUGGCCUUCUUUGGACAGCAUUGCCCCAUCACUGGGGGCAAAGAAGGCAUUCUCUUUGUAACCUACCCAGAUGGUAGGCCAACAGGGGAUGCUUUUGUCCUAUUUGCUUGUGAGGAAUAUGCACAGAAUGCAUUGAGGAAGCAUAAGGACUUGUUGGGUAAAAGAUACAUUGAACUCUUCAGGAGCACAGCAGCUGAAGUUCAGCAGGUGCUGAAUCGAUUCUCCUCAGCCCCUCUUAUUCCACUUCCAACCCCUCCCAUUAUUCCACUACUACCUCAGCAAUUUGUGCCUCCUACAAAUGUUAGAGACUGUAUACGCCUUCGAGGUCUUCCCUAUGCGGCUACAAUUGAGGACAUCCUGGACUUCCUGGGGGAAUUCUCCACAGAUAUUCGAACUCACGGGGUUCACAUGGUAUUGAAUCACCAGGGCCGCCCAUCAGGAGAUGCCUUUAUCCAGAUGAAGUCUGCGGACAGAGCAUUUAUGGCUGCACAGAAGUGUCAUAAAAAAACCAUGAAGGACAGAUAUGUUGAAGUCUUUCAGUGUUCAGCUGAGGAGAUGAACUUUGUGUUAAUGGGGGGCACUUUAAAUCGAAAUGGCUUAUCCCCACCGCCAUGCUUGUCUCCUCCCUCCUACACAUUUCCAGCUCCGACAGCAGUUAUUCCAACUGAAGCUGCCAUUUAUCAGCCUUCUGUGAUUUUGAAUCCACGAGCACUGCAGCCCUCCACGGCAUACUAUCCAGCGGGCACUCAGCUCUUCAUGAACUACACAGCAUACUAUCCCAGCCCCCCAGGUUCGCCUAAUAGUCUUGGCUACUUCCCUACAGCUGCUAAUCUUAGCGGUGUCCCUCCACAGCCUGGCACGGUGGUCAGAAUGCAGGGCCUGGCCUACAAUACUGGAGUUAAGGAAAUUCUUAACUUCUUCCAAGGUUACCAGUAUGCAACCGAGGAUGGACUUGUACACACAAGUGACCAGGCCAGGACUCUACCCAAAGAAUGGGUUUGUAUUUAAGGGCCCCAGCAGUUAGACCAUCCUCAGAAAAGAAGUGUUUGAAAGAUGUAUGGUGAUCCUGAUACCAUCAAGACACAAGAAAACUAGCAACUUCAGGGGAAGUUUGUCUACACUCAGGCUGCAGUAUUUUCAGCAAAAAUGAUUGGACAAGGGGGCCUGUGCCCUACCUUUUGAUGGAGUGAAAAAUUUGAGCCAAUGAAGCCAAAUCCUUUUAGGAAGCAGCAUACCUGGCUCCUUGCUGAUUGCAAAUAGGCAUUUAAAAUGUGAAUUUGAAAUCAGAUGGCUCCAUUACUUCCAGCUAAAGUGUCGUCAUAGGUGUUUCCUAAGUUUUAGGUAUUUUGAAAAAAAAAAAAAAAACUCCACUAGAGCCUGCCAAGCUCCAUCAUGAACUGUCAAGGAAGGUUUAUUUUUGUGUAUUCUCACUCUUUUCUCUCCAUCAUCUUGUCUUCUGCACAAUCAUGCCCCCUUGCUCAAUAAGUAAUUCAAGAAUAAGGUCUUGGAAUACUUAAAUCACAAAUUUAUGAAAAGAAAUAAAACUUUAAUAUUCUGUCUGUUGGCCAUCAUAAUGUCUUACAGUAAAAAACCAAUUAAAACCGCUUUUAAAACACCAUAGGAUUACUUAGAAGAAAUGGUGUACCCUACACAAAGCAUACAUAGUUAAAAGUUGGAUCUCUUUUUCAGCAGGUUACCAGUUGUAAGAAUGAACUAGGGGCCAAAAUGCAAAACCAAAAAUGAAGCAGCUACAUGUAGUUAGUAAUUUCUAGUUUGAACUGUAACUGAAUAUUGUGGCUUCAUAUAUAUUAUUUUAUUUUAUAUUGUACUUUUUUCAUUAUUGAUGGUUUGGACUUUAAUAAGAGAAAUUACAUAGUUUUUAAUGUCACAGAAAUGAGACUAUUCUAGAAGGCAAUAUACUAACUGAAGUGAAUGCUUGUAUAUAUUAAGAUAGCCUGAAACUUUUUCUCUAUUACCUUAACUGUCAAAUAAUUAAAACUUAAAAGCAUAGGAUUAUAGUCAGCAUGCUAGACUGAGAGGUAAACACUGAUGCAGUCUGUGAGCAGCUACUGAUGCUGUCAGUGUUCAGCACUAUGUGUUUAGGCUACAAAAGUGCAAUAUUAGACACCAGCUAGCUAGUACUGCUGCCUCAUGUGACUCCAAAGGGUAAAACAGGAUUUGAUUAACUAAGUGCACAUAUUUCUUUAAGUUACUCCACUGUCCUUUGCUUGGAUGCAAUGCCAUGCAGAUUUAUGUGGCCGCUAUUUUUAUUUAGUUUGCGUUCCUUUAACACCUUGAAUGGAGAGCCAAACAUUUCCCUCUUCAGCUGACCAGCAAUGGCCCUUUAACUUCAGUAAGGAAAAAAAGAAAAACAAAAAAAUUAUUUAAAAAAAUUUUUUUUGUGAAAACUGGCACUUAAGAUCAGAAAUUCUUUGUACUUGAUGCCUUAAACUGCUGUCUUCCCAAAGCUUUGAUAGUGAUACUACAAUACUACUGAGUUUUUGUAGAAUUCUUACAUUUGAUAAUAAAACUUGCCUGUUUAAUCUCAA